AUGGCAGACUCGCUGCUAAACCACUCCUGGCCGUCGUUCUCAAAGCGCUGGAUGAAGAGAUGGUCGUUUAAGCGAGGGUCAGACUGCAAGCCAUGCUCGCGGGAGUUCGCUGCCAGCGGCAUCCCCACGUCAGACUGCAGCAGCCCAGACACCAUCUCCCCAUCCCUGAUUGCUGAAGAUGAAGUCUUCUUCACCAGCAUGGCAGAGGAAAAGGAAGACUCGUCGUCUCCGGAGCCGGAUGCCCUGAUGGGUGAUGUGCACAGCAGCACUGAGGAUCUCCUCUCCAUAGACUUCGCUCUCCACGGCACAGAGUAUUACAGAGACCUGGGACUGCCGAACCUGCCAGAGGCCGGCGUGACUCCAGCAAUGGCAAUGCUGCCAGAACAGACAGGCCAGGUGGUGCCCAGCUGUCCUGUACCGGAAGAGAAGCCUAGAGGCUUGGGGCGAACGCUUGUGGGCAUUGCCUGCCCCGAUCCCUUCUCCGCCUCAGUGCAGUACAGGGAGGCCAGCUGCCAUUUCCUGAACAGUGACUCUGCUUGCUCCUGUGCGGCAGGGCCCCAGGACAGCCCCCCUGUGGGGGGGUGCCUGGCAGAGCAGGGUAAAGGACUGGAGCUGCAUGAGGAUGAGCAGUCCUUCCCCGCGCUAAUGAGAUCCAUGUCCACCUCACGGAGGCACAGCUGGGAAAGCCCCGUGUCCCCUACAGAGAGCGGGCGCAGGCUAAGCCUGGAUGCCUCCGAGAUCGCCAGUGACCUGGAGCAAGAAGAGCUCGAAAGGAGCCUGCCCUGCCUGGCUCCCUGUGUGUCCCUGGAGCUGCCCACGGCUGGGGUGGAGGCCUGGGAAGGCAGUGGCAGCACUCUGAUAAAAGUGGAGAUAGAGCCCCUGCACCUGAACUUCGCCAUCGUGCCCAAUCACGAGGACACAGAAUAUGGCAGCAAUGGGAAGAGACUGAGGUCAAAGUCUGUUCCUUCCGCCUGCGACAAGGUUUCCUCUCCUCGAAUCUCUCACAACCUGGAGGUGUCGCUCCCAGUUGCCAAAGGUCUUGAACCGCCUGCGCUGGAGACAAUUGAAAAGGACCAUGUGGCCCCAGACCAUGUGCUGAUCGUCCAGCAGGUGCUGCAGGAGCUGAAACAGUUUCAUGGAGCGAAGCAAAGGGUCUGCACAGCCGAGGGCAGCAACGAAUCCCAGCAGAACCUCACCUGGUUUGAGUUCCUGACUAAUGAGGCUGAGGACAAUGGGAAGAGUGACAAGAUUGAGAGAGGCACCAAGGUGAAGCACCGGCUGAGUUCCCUGCGGAACCGCGUCACCGGGUCCUGGCAGAAGGAUAAGGGUAAGAACAAAGACCAACAAAAAGAGAGAGGAAAGAGCCAAAAGUGGAAAAGGGUCAAUGGGCACCAGCUGGCGCCAGGGACUUUCUCCAGCUUCACCAGCUGUUCACUGUGCGCCAAACCUCUGGUGAAUAAAAAUGGUCUGCAGUGCCUGAACUGUGCAGUGAAUGUCCACAAGAACUGCAAGACCUUACUGGCUGAAUGCAGCAGUACCAGACCCAAGCAGAAGGAUUUGCAACACAGACCUCCUGGAUCCCCACAAAGUUCACCCCAGUGCUUUUACCCAGCAGCCUCUCUGAAGGAGCAGCCCCAAAGUGCCCUUCUGGGAUCGGAUGGCACCCCAGUUCUGUCUCGGCAUCUCGGCAUGACUAUCACCCAAAGAGGAAAUUCGCAGUCUGCAUUGAAUACUGCUGUUUCUGUUAAUAAAUUUGGACCAAUCACAGGAGAAAUGGAUGAAGGGGAUUCGGGAUUUAUAAAAUUUAAGCAGACAUCAGAUGAUGUUGUCUCACUUGCACCUUCAACAGCAGAAUCCAUUUUUCUGGAAGAUGCAUCCUUUUCCUCUCUGAGAAGUGAGAUAGAAACAGAUGCUCAUGAGUUUGAGGCAGAAUCUUGGAGUCUCACAGUGGAACAGUCUUAUGCAAAGGAGCAAAAGAGAGCAGUUAUGAAAAGGCAAGAUGUCAUUUAUGAGCUCAUGCAGACUGAAAUGCAUCAUGUCCGAACACUGAAAAUCAUGCUGAAGGUGUACUCCAAAGCACUGAGAGAGGAGCUGCAGUUCACGAACACUGUCAUCAACAAAAUCUUUCCUUGUGUGGAUGAAUUGUUGGAGCUGCAUGGGCAAUUCCUGUUUCAAUUAAAGGAGCGACGGAAGGCGUCCUUGGAGGAAGGCAGUGACCGGAAUUACAUUAUCCAGAACAUUGGAGACCUUUUGGUACAACAGUUUUCAGGCGAAAGUGGAGAGAGAAUGAAAGAAAAAUACAGUAUGUUCUGUUGUGGUCACAAUGAAGCUGUCAGUCACUAUAAGGACCUGCUGCAGAGCAACAAGAAGUUCCAAAACUUAAUAAAGAAAAUAGGUAACUCUUCUAUUGUGAGGAGACUUGGUGUCCAGGAGUGCAUCCUCCUAGUCACUCAACGCAUUACGAAGUACCCAGUGCUGGUGGAGCGUAUUAUUCAGAAUACAGAAGCUGGCACUAAGGAUUAUGAAGAUCUGUCCCAGGCACUCAGUUUAAUUAAGGACAUGAUCACUCAUGUAGAUGCCAAGGUAAAUGAGUGUGAGAAGAGGCAGCGUCUUAGAGAGAUUAUGUACAAAAUGGAGCUGAAAUCAUCAGGGAAAUUCAAGAAUGGGCUGCUCUUCCGGAAGAAUGACAUGGGGCAGCGGCAGCUCCUGCUGGAUGGGAUGCUGUUCUGGAAAGCCGCAUCAGGGAGGCUCAAAGAUAUUCUGGCUGUCCUGUUAACUGACGUACUUUUGCUGUUGCAAGAAAAGGACCAAAAAUAUACUUUUGCAUCUGUGGACUCUAAGCCACCAGUUAUUUCAUUGCAAAAGCUAAUUGUAAGAGAGGUAGCUAAUGAGGAGAAAGCAAUGUUCUUAAUUAGUGCCUCAUUAAAAGGACCAGAGAUGUAUGAAAUUCACACCAGCUCCAAAGAAGAGAGAAAUUCUUGGAUGGCGCACAUUCGCAGAGCUGUGGAAAGCUGCCCUGAUGAAGAGGAAGGAACAUUCAGUGAGCCUGAAGAAGAAAGGAGACUGGCUGAAGCACGAGUUGCUAAAAUAAAAGAAUUUCAAGACCGUCUGAGCAUGAAAGAUGAUCUGAUUUUGCAAAGUCUAAAUGAGAAACAACAGAUUUAUCUAGAAAUGUCUGAAAUGAAUGGGUUUGAAGAUCUUUCCCAAGGAGCCCGAUCCAAACUCCUCUUCAGGGGGGAGACCUCAGAGAAUCUGCAAGGAGAGGUGAUCCUGAAAUCUGCAGUGACAGAAAUUGAGAAUCUCCAGAACCUGAUCUUCACACACUUAGCCAACGUGACCUGUCGUUCUGAAGACAACUGUGGGUUGGGGCUACCUAGGAGAGCGGAGACCUUUGGGGGAUACGACAGCACCACCACAGUGCCAAACAAAAAUGGUAGUUUUAAGAAGAAGGUCUGUGGUAAUGACCAGAGGCUGAGGGACCGGAGAGGCCCUGCAAUAAGUUCAGAUGUGCAGCUCCAAGACCUUCCUCUUGAUGCAGAAGAAGGACCUCACACAAGUGAUGUAAUGAGACUGGAUUACAACAGCAGUUUCCAGCCCCUCCUGGAAUCUGAGCUUGUCCAACGGAUACAGAGGCUGUCCCAGUUGCUCCUCAGCCUUCAGGCAGUGAUAUCACAACAGGACAGCUACAUUGAAAUCCAGCGAGCCACCAUCAUAGAUCGGGAGAAGCAGUAUCGGCUGCAGUCCACGCGCGGGAACCUGCUGCUAGAGCAGGAAAAGCAGCGCAACUUUGAGAAGCAGAGAGAAGAACUGGCCAAUGUACAGAAGCUUCAGAACCAGCUGAAGGUGGAACAGCAGCGUUGGGAACGGGAGAGGGACCGGCAGCAGAGGGAGUUUGAAAGUAUAGAGGCACGGUUGCAGGAGCGAGAAGAGGAGACUCGGCAGCUGAAGGAUCGCGUGAACCAGGAGAGGGAGGAGCUGGAGAGACAACGAGAGGCCUAUCAGCAUGACCUGGAGAGGCUACGGGAAGCGCAGAGAGCAGUUGAGAAAGAGAGAGAGCGUGUGGAGCAGCUAAAGAAGCUGAAAAAACAGAAUACGGUUUCGGGCGCGUUCUCUCCAGAAAUGGGACAGAGUCAAAUGCUGACCCAUUCUGUCAGUUUCAAUGGAGAAGGGAUAGAAGGGUCUGUGCCACACUUGAAGCCCUCUGGGAGGGCUUGUGUCUUGGGAAUGGAUCAUGUGGAGUGGCCGGAGCUGAUUCGCAGGGACAGUGCCAUAUUGGAGAAUCGUCCGGUUCUUGCAAUGAAGAAUGAAGUGCCAAUCCACCUGCUGAGUGCAACCAACCAGAUACAGAAACAGGCUGCAGUUCAGCAGCAGAUCCCCACCAAGCUCGCCACCUUCACAAAAGGAAGCAAAGAAAAGGGGGGGAAGAGCAAAGCGUCGCACAGGACAGACAGCUCAGCAUCUGUUGACCUGAAACAACUGCUUACACCUAAACUUGUUGGGAAAGAUGAGGGUGCACUGAAGAACAGACGGUCAGCGAGCCCGGUCCUCCCGAACAGCCAGAGCAUUGCGUUCCAGCCAGAGAUUUACAGCCCAGCUGACAGCCAGCCCGAAGCAGUCAAUCCAUCCAAGUCCAACAGUGUUCACGUCCACACCUUGGUGGCCUCUCCGCCAGCCCUGAUAAAUGCUGAAGACGAUACCUGCAAGGAAGAUGUCAUUUUUUUCUAA